UUUUUGUAUUUUAGCGUCUACUAGAUUUCUAUUGGAAUAACAGUUUAAUUACCAAAAUAAACAACUGCGCAGUAUAGUAUCCACCAAAAUAAACGAGUGAACAUCGUUUUUACUUACAGUUUUUACCCAGAAUCGUGAUUGUUUCGAAGUGGCAUAAAUCCUUGUCAAUCAGUGGCAGUGUUGGUAUUCUGAUUCAAAAUGGGGAAAAAGGCAAGAGAAUAUAAAACCGGCGACUUCAUAUUUGCCAAAGUCAAAGGAUACCCAGCCUGGCCUGCGAGGGUUCAACGGCCCAAUGGAAAGAAGUAUUUUGUGUAUUUCUACGGUACUGGUGAGACUGCCAACCUUCCACCGAACCAGAUAUUCGACUAUGCAGAGAACAAAGACAAGUUUCUGACGAAAACUGUGAAAAGGAAGGACUUCAAUGAUGGCGCCCGACAGAUUGAACAUGACUUUGCCAACAAUGUUCCUUUGGAGGAUAUCAUUGGGGUUGCGCCUGAGGAACCCAUGGACACAACAGCUACUGACGAAGGUAAUGAGACUGCAAACGACUCUGCGAUGGACACCACCGCCGCUGACACCACCGUGGCCGAGACCACUACUGCUGAUGAAACAACGUCAUCGCAAAACGACCAGACUGUAGAGGAUUCGGAUGAAGGACCUUUAGUCAUUGAUGAAGGAAAGAAACGCAAGCCAGCCGCCAAGACGCCGGCCAAGGAGCCAGCCAAGGCAGCAAAGACGCCGCGCGGGAAGGCCAAGUCCGAUGAGAAGGAGGAUGACGAGGAGAAGCGAGAUGAGGAGCUGGUCAGCCGGAGCGGCAGGAAGAUACGCCCGAAAAGAUACAUUGAUGAGCAGACUGAAGAAAAUGCCACCUUGCCGGCGCCCGCCGCUAAGAAAAAACGUGGUACGUCGCCGGCAGCGGACAAAGAUAAAACUAAAACUGUCGACAACGCAUCAGCCGAGAAAAACAACAAACACUACACUGCCAUUACUCAGACAGAACUAGAAGACUUGAAGGAACCUUUUGAACCUGCAGACGGCGACAAAGAGGACCUGCUAAUCACCUGCCUGCCCGGAGGCACGUACGUGGGCAUCAAGCUGUUCCAGGCGCGGCCGAGCAGCUUCAAGAGCGACGCGGCGCGGCUGCAGUGGGCGCGCGCGCAGGCAAGGCACGCCAUCACACUCAAGGGACAGCUGGAAAAGGGUCACAUCACACCGCAGUCCGUAGCGGCACAACUUGAGAUGGACCUCAACCUGACAGAUGAGGAGAAAGCUAACUUGGACAAGGAAAGAGAAAUAGAAGAGAAGAAGUCCCGGGUCCAGUUCCUGAAGACGGAGAUGCGGCUGAUCGAACUGGACGCCAAGAUCAAGUCGUGCCUCAGCCUGGAAAAGGCCGACACUGAACUGUGUCUGAAGCUGUUGGAUGAACUUACCGAACUGGAAGUGAAACCGCUAAUGCUGCUCAAACACCCGACAUGCGCGGAGACAGUCAAGCGCAUGCGAGCCUACGUCGGUAAUACACCCUCGUGGGAGCUGAGUGAAGAGGAGGCCCUGAGCUUCUCCACCAAGGCCGGCGCCAUCCGGGCCAUGGCCGACACCCUGUAUAACAACAUCAAGGAUCUGUUCGUGACCCCCGAAGGCCUCUCCUUCUGGGAAUACUUCUCGUCGCGCGUGGCCCAGUUCAAGAAGGCCACCGCCAAGCUCUCGAGCGACGAGCGACUGGAGAUGGUGCAUGAGCCACUGGAAAUGUCUACGCCGACUGCCCACACUAUGAAGGCGGCAGUGGAGGCGGCCAAUGAAGAGGUAGCCGACGCCCCAGAGACCCCUCAGAAGAAGAAAGCUGCUGCAGCCAAGGCUAAGAAAGCAGCAGCUGCAGCAAACAGCACACCCUCCAAAGCGCCCAAACGCCAGUCUUCCAGAUCCAAAGCAGCUGAACCAGAGAAUAACAAAACGCCCGAUGAGCCAAAAGACCAACCCGUCACCGAAGAAGCUGUAACCACAACUGACGCAGAGAAACCUGAAAACAACGACACAAACGCGAAAACAAAUGACGUAGACUCAAAUAAAGAGACUCCUGAAGAAAAAUCUGCGUCAACAGAAGACACAGAUACCGCAAACGCUGAAGAGUCUGAACCUGUCAAAGAAACUGAGAAAAACAAUUCAGAAGACCAGCCAGCAGAAAAUAAUGGUAGCGAAGAGAAGGCCGAUGCAGUCACAGAAAAGAACAGCGAUGAGGGGGAAGCAGAGGGCAAGGAAAUCAAAGAGAAAGCUGGUGAUAAUAAGAAAGACAAAAAAGAAUCUGAAAAGGAACGGAAGGAAGCGCUGAAAGAGAAAAAAGAAGCGGAAAAGGCUGAGAAGCAAGAGCGGAAAGAAGCUGAAAAGGAAAAGAAAGAAGCCGAAAAGGCAGAAAAACUAGAAAAGAAAGAAGCGGAAAAAGAAAAGAAAGAAGCUGAAAAUAAAGAAAAGAGAGAAGCGGAAAAAGAAAAGAAAGAAGCGGAAAAAGAAAAGAAAGAGGUGGAAAAGGAAAAGAAAGAAGAAAACGACGAGCCGAGGGCUAAGCGAGGGAGGGAGAACAAUAAAAAGACUGAAACGCCGAAAUCUCCAGCGAAAAGGAAGUCUAGGUCUUAAACUCAAACUUUUAGGUAGUCUAGGUGUUAUAUUAAGAUACAAUUAUGUAUUCCUUUCUAGUUAUAUGAUCAAUAGACUAAAAGACAGGGCGCUACAACAGUUUUUUUAUAUACUCUUAAUUUGACUACCUAUCGUGAAAUGGUGCACGAAUAUUGUAUUAUUAAAAGUAAAAAUGAAGUAAUUAACUAAAAAAAAAAAAGUUUUUUGAGUUAAAACAUUAUGGGUUCACCUUUUUUAAAUAGGCGCUGUGGCCCGACAUAAUUUGCUCACUGUCAAUGAACAAACAAGCAGAAGAGAUUUCCGUACCACAUAAAAUAUAGUACAUAUUUUAUUCCUUAAAUAUUAACUAGAGAUAUUAAACGAUUUAAACUGAAA